GAGAAAGAAAAAGGAAAAAAAGAGGUGUGAAAAUGAACACCAGACGGCCAUGGAAGAUGAUGAAUUUUCCAUCAUUUUCUAGACAGAUGAAGCAGCGGAUGCAGAACAACAAGAUUCUCCUUCUCAAACAACAAGCUCCAGCGACCCAUUACACUGUCGCACCGCCUUCUUAAUCAAUCUCAAACCCUAACUCCCUUCUCGCCGGCGACCAUGUCUGAGUCCCAACAUGCUCCUCUCCUGCGCUCCCGUCAGCCCUCCGACUCCUCCGUCGGCCCCUUCGCCCUUCUCCUCGGCCGCCUCACUGGCCGCCGUGGGACUUCCAUGGCCGUUCGGGAGACGGCCGCGCGCGAACUUGAGGAGCGCCGCAUGGAUUGGGGCUACUCCAAACCCAUCGUCGCGCUUGACAUUGCAUGGAAUUUGGCUUUCGUUGUCGUUUCGCUGGUUGUGCUUUUUCACUCGGUCGAUGAGAAACCCAAUAUGCCGAUUCGGCUUUGGAUCGUGGUUUAUGCGGUUCAGUGCUUGGUGCACGUUGUGCUAGUUUGGUUAGAGUUCAGAAGGAGGAAUGCGAGGAGGGCUAGGGUGUCGGAGACGCAGCAACGGCCGCAGCCUGAUGGGUAUUUUGAUAAUGUUAGCGAUGAAGAAGAUGGUAGCUCGAGGAAUCUAUCCAGUGUUGUCAAAAGAUAUGAGUCAGUGAACACCAUGGUUUCGUUUAUCUGGUGGAUGGUUGGCUUUUACUGGAUCGUGGCUGGUGGUAACAUCCUCGUGCAGAAUGCUCCAUCUUUAUACUGGAUGGCUGUCAUAUUUCUGACAUUCGACGUGCUCUUUGCCAUCUUUUGUGUUGUUUUGGCAUGUUUGAUUGGCAUUGCUCUUUGUUGCUGCUUGCCUUGCAUUAUAGCUAUUCUUUAUGCUAUUGCUGGCCAGGAAGGUGCAUCCGAUGCAGAUUUGAGUAUGCUUCCCAAGUAUAGAUAUCAAGUCUCCAACAAGCCUUCUCGGGGGGAUGGGGUGAUGGUUCCAGUAGAAACAAGUAGUAGAUACUUGACGACCGAACGUGUUCUGUUACAUGAGGAUGCGGAGUGCUGUAUAUGCCUUAGUCCAUACGAGGAUGGAGCCGAGCUUCAUGCUCUUCCCUGCAAUCACCAUUUUCAUUAUGUGUGCAUCACAAAAUGGCUCAAGAUGAAUGCAACAUGUCCUCUGUGCAAGUACAACAUUCUCAAAGAUUGUGGACCCGUGUAAAGCUGAAGAUGAAACGAUGCUGCUAAUUCCCGGUAUGCCUGGAAUCCUUGUACGUACAUAUAGAUCAGAUGAAACUUGUCAAAAUAUUGGUUGCGAUUAUGAUGCAUUGGGGUUGAAACAUUUGAGCCUAGUUUUUCUUUUUGGGUAUUAGUUCACUAGCCUGUUGAAGUUGUGUUCACCCUUGUAGAUCUUUGUUGUAUGAUUUUUGUUUGGGUUUUUGUGAAAAAAUUAAGUUUAGCACCCUUUUAUUGUGUGUUUUACUAGUCAACUCAUUUGAUCUAUAGCAACAAUUAUGAAUAUUUUUUUUCUGGUCAA